AUAGAAGUAGUUAUGGUUGUAUCUGUCGUUCUUCUAUCUGAUGAACGAGGCCGUUGAAGCCAACACACAGACAACGGUAAAAAUGGAUAGACGACGUCGUAGACAGAGCAAGGCCAAAGCGUCGUGUUCCGAAGAAGUGAGUAGCAUAGAAUGGGAAGCUGUGAAGAUGACGGAGGAAGAAGAAGAUCUCAUUUCUCGGAUGUAUAAACUCGUCGGAGACAGGUGGGAAUUGAUAGCCGGAAGGAUUCCAGGACGGACGCCGGAGGAGAUAGAAAGAUAUUGGCUUAUGAAACACGGUGUCGUUUUUGCCAACCGACCAAGAGAUUUUGUUAGGAGAUGAUAAACGUAUUUUUUUCUUUUUUUUAAUUCACAAGACAAGAAAAAAGGAAAGUAUUGUCCUUUGGAUUACUAUUUUGGAAUGUAUAAUCAUCUCUAUAUAUAUUUUUUUCUUAGGAGCUUUAA